UGACCAAACACACUCCUAUGUGCUACACAAAACAACAAAACGCAGCAACGAAGAAGAUUGUGAAAAACAAGUGGAAACAAAUAGGAAUGGAACAAUAUCGCUCGCACUUCCAUAUCAUUAUGGAUCUAUUUCGUUUACGUUUAAAGUAGUGCGUUGUUUACAUUUUCUUCUGUUUUUCGCGCACAAUUUCCUUCUUUCCCAAUUGUCAUCGUCUGAAGAAAGGCUCUGCUGAUAUCAAAGAAUAUCUGGGCGUGGGCGACAAAGUUAUAUUAUAUCUUUUUGUGUAAUGUGAUGGCCACAGUUACUGCUACUUCCAACACGAUGGUUGCCGAGUUGUGGCGUGAAUGUGCCGCCUGGCUCACGCGCUGCAAUAUAAUUCCAAAUGACCACCGUGCCAAUCACCUAGACUCGGAUAUUAAAGUCCUCGCAACCAUUCUCCGAGACGGAGUGCUGCUGUGUAAUUUAGCAAAUUUUUUCGAUCCGUCGUCUUUCGAUAGAAAAGAUUUCAAUCGUAAACCUCAAAUGGCACACUUUCUUUGCAUACAAAAUAUUAAACUGUUUCUAGAAGCAUGCAAAACCAACUUUGGCUUGAAGGAAGCGGAUCUGUUCGAACCGACCAUGUUGUACGACCUUACCAACUUUCAUCGGGUGCUUCUAACUCUAUCCAAAUUAUCAACAUGCAGAAAAGUGCAAACUGCAACUAAUAUACCUGGCUUCAUAACUCAUUCUGUACAGACAGAGAGGACUAGUUUAGACGAUGAUAUCUACAAAGAUCUGCAUGCAAGCCAAAGUUUGUUGGAUUCGGAAUUAAGGUGUGAUAACAAAGAGAUCGUGUUAAUUAAUGAUUCGCUUCCUUGCCGUAAUCAAGAAACUUCCUUUUACGGUCAUUGCAACGAACUAUCAAGUUUUCCGGACUGUAGUGCGCGCGAAGAGGAAAAGAUUUAUGAAGAUCUCUGCUAUGUAACAUUCUCAUCAACUUUGCCUCAGUUAGCUUCAUCAUCCAACAACUUAGAACAGCGAGACUUUGUAAUUAAGGAACUGCUCGAUACGGAGAAAAAUUAUCUCGAAGCUUUGAAUGCAUUGAAAUACAUCUUUAUGCAACCUCUCGAAAAGCUUCUAUCCAAGGAAGAGAUACGAGCCAUUUUCCCUUGCAUUAGGGAACUUGUCGAAAUUCAUAAUAAAUUUUUGGAUCGAUUGCAUGAGGCCGUUUGUCCAGGAUCCAAGCUCAAGCUCAGUACAACCUUUCUGGAAUUUAGAGAACCAUUUCUAAUUUAUGGCGAAUACUGUUCCAGUAUGACAAGCGCAGUUGAAACUUUGAGAGAGGCGUGCAAAAAAUCGAAUACAGUCGAGCAGACCGUCUUGCAAAGCCAAAAAGAACAUAGCGAUGGAAGAUUACAACUUCGAGACAUUUUAUCUGUUCCGAUGCAACGAAUUUUAAAAUAUCAUCUAUUGUUAGAUAAGCUUGUACAAGAAACGGUGCCAACGCAUGACGAUUUUAGAGGAUUGGAACGGGCCAAAGAAGCAAUGGUAGAUGUUGCACAGUAUUCUAAUGAAGUAAAGCGUGAUUCUGAACAUCUUAUAGUGAUACAAAAAGUAAAGGAAAGUAUUUCUGAUCUGAACCUUCCCAACGGCAACAAUCUCGAGCAAUAUGGACGGUUAUUACUUGACGGGGAUCUUAAUAUAAAAGCACACGAAGACCAAAAAAUGAAGCAUCGAUAUGCUUUUGUCUUCGAAAAGGUUAUGAUUCUGGUAAAAAAUUCCAAUACUAAGAUCGGGGAAGCACAAUAUUCUUUCCGAGAAGCUCACAAUUUGUUGGAUUACAGGAUAGAAAUAUUAAAUUCUCGUCGCACUUUAGGUCGUGAUGGUCGUUUGAAGUAUUCUCUGCUAUUAGCACGCAAAACGCAAGCUACUGCUUUCACGCUUUAUAUGAAAACUGAAGAAGAACGCGAAAAAUGGAAGAGAGCAUUUGAAACAGCAAUGGAAACCUUGGAACCCGUAGGAUGCAAGAAUACUGAUCAUAAAUUUGUUAUACACACUUUUGAUACGCCUGUCAUCUGUCGCCAUUGCUCGAAGUUUUUGAAGGGAAAAAUACAUCAAGGCUAUCGAUGCAAAGUAUGUGAAAUAGUAGUACACAGAGGUUGUAUUUCGUCAACUGGUCGAUGCAAGCAAUUGCAACAAACACCGCCGCCGGUAUGUGACCGAUUGCUUUCGGAGUUCAACUGGUUUGUUGGUACAAUGAAUCGAGAUUCAGCUACCCAGCGUCUAGAAAACAAAAAGAUUGGAACCUAUCUGCUACGUGUCCGUCCGCAAGGUGCCUCUCAUGAAAGUGAAACAAUAUAUGCGCUUAGCCUGAAAACCGAUAAGAAAAUAAUCAAGCAUAUGAAAAUUUAUCAGAAAAAAGAGCACCAGAAUGUGUUUUAUUAUCUUUCGACAAGAAGAUACUUUAAAACUAUAAUAGAACUGGUUUCUUUUUAUGAAAGGAACGAUUUGGGCGAAAAUUUUGCUGGCCUAAAUCAACUUCUCCAAUGGCCUUUUAAAGAGGAAAUUGUUGUAGCCAUCUAUGAUUUUGCACCCAAUGAGCUCAAUCAACUACCAAUGCGCCAGGGAUGCCAGGUGAUUGUAAUUGGAAAAGAAGGAGACAGUAAAGGCUGGUGGCGUGGCAAAACAUUAGAAAAGGUUGGAUUUUUCCCCAAAGAGUAUGUACGGCCAGCAGUAAUCGGUGAAGUAUAAAUGAUCAAUUCGUAACAUCCUGAACACAAUCCACUCAUAUAAAGAAUGAGAUAAUUGAGAUGCUGUCAUGUAUUAAAGUUAGUGAGUUCGUUAAUCAAAUACAGGACCUGUUCUUUUUUUUUAAUUACAAGGUUUGGCAGAUGGAUAAAGCAACAUUCAAUGCGACAACGAGUCUGAUUCGAACUUAUCUUAUAUCUUAUAAUUCGAAUUAUAAUGAUGCCAUUAAAAAAAGGUUAACUAGGAAGUGAUAUUCCACGUAUGGUUGUCAGUUUUUCAGGAAAGCUAAGUGAAAAACGAUUUUACGUGUUUUCAUCAUAAUAAAACAGAAUAACAAAGGGUAGAUGAUUUAAAAUGUGUUUAAAAAGUUUAACAGAUUUAAAAAAAUGUGAAACAUUGCAUAAACUAGUAUUACGUAUGUAUGUGCUUUGAAUGUUUGAUGUGCAAGCAAUGUUUUGUAAAAGCAUGUUAUGAAAAAUCAAUAAUCGAACAAAAAAUCGAAUAUCUAAAUAUCAGCUAGGUGUUACGCGCUAAGAAACGUAAAUAAUAAAUAAAGCAACAACGAUUAAAAGAUAUAACAUAUUAGGAGGCAUACAAAUGCUGAUUGUUUUAUAAAUAAAUUGUGUCUAUGUGGAACGUUUCACGUACCAAAA